UAUCGAUAUGGAACUAUCAUCUCUAUUUGUUCUGUUUAUAACCUAACUUUUUGAAUGUGGUGAUAUUAUUUUUUGUUCGAAAUUGAAAAUUUUAAAUAGUUUUAUGGAUAAUUAAAAAUAUCAUGGAACCAUCAUUAGAAAAUCAGUCUUCGUCGCAAACUCCAAUAGAACCAAGAUUGGGUAAAUGUGAAGUUUGUGCAUUUCACGAUGCGAAAUACACCUGUCCAAAAUGUGAAGUAAAAACUUGUUCACUGAAGUGCAACAAAAUUCACAAACUGGAAGUUGAAUGCGAUGGAUUAAGAGAUCGCACCAGAUUUGUACCUAUUAAUAAAUUUUCAAAUUUAGAUCUCUCAAGUGAUUAUAGAUUACUGGAAGAAAUUGCUAGAAAUAUGGAAACAGUAAAGAAGAAUUUUGGAAAGAAAGAUGAUUCUCGUGUGAUACCUCCUCACCUUUUUAAACUACGCAAUGCAGCUAAGGACAGAAGAAUAGUAUUAAAAUUUCUUCCCUAUAAGUUUGAAAGACAUAGGACUAACACAACUCAAUUAAAUUUUAGAACAAAUAUCAUUUCCUGGCACAUUGAAUUUGUAUUUGUGAAUGCUGAGUUUUUGAAAAUUCACGAAAAUAAAGUGCCAGAAACUGAAAAAAUUGGAUCUAUCAUAAAUAAACUGAUAUCAAAUGAAGAAGAUGCUGCUAUCAAUGAAAAACUAAAAUUCUACAAAGCAGCUGAUAUUAAUGGUGUUAAAUUUCUUUUGAAAGCUGAACAGAAGAAGGGUAAAAAAUUUUACGAUAUAGAUUCUGGAAUGUCAUUAAAAGAAUGCUUGGCAAAAAAAUUAAUUAUUGAAUAUCCCACCAUCUAUGUAUUGCUGAAAGAACAUAGUACUGGAUUUGAUAUUAUUGAUUCAGAUGAGGAAGACGAAGAGUCUAAUAAUAACAAUGAUAUUAAGACUGGAAAUCAACAAGUAGAAAAAAUAUUAAGGAAGGCUGAAAGUGAUGAAAGUUUAUACAGAUCUCUUAAGAAUUUAUUAUUUAUAACAGAAUAUUCUGAUGAAGAAAUGUCUAGUUAGAUACUGAAUUUAUUUAGGGUUUUUAUAUUUUAUUUUUGUUAUCGAGUUGAUUCUUUUUUUUAUUACAUUUUUUUGCUGAAUAAAAUUGUUUACAUAUUUACA